AUGCUCUCGUGUUGCGGUGGACGUUCCAAAAGAAAAGUUCAGAACAGCUCCCUUCCGGGAAGCUCGUCGUCAAAGAGCGCCCAGGUCAUCCGGACCCAGCCCAAGCCUCUGGUCGUGGCGCCGAUACGGAUCCAGUCCGGUGGUCCGACGAGAUCCCAGACCCUCCAGGUGCACUUUGCCGAUGAGGUGACGCCUCAGAAGGCUCGCAAGGAGCCUGAAGGUGCCGCAGUGCCUCCGAAAAAGUCUGAGCCCAAGACGCUACCGAGUCCCAGGCCUCCACGGAGAGAGGUUCUGGCUCAGGGACAGCCCGACUCGGACUCUGAGCAGCCUUCUGUCUCCAACAAAGCCAAUGAAUCGCAGGGCUCCGCGGCACCAGCAAAUCUACCAUCGCCACAAGCCGACCCAGGCACAUCAUCCAAACCAAGAGAAAGCAUCGGAUCCUCCCGCGUCUCUGGAUCCAGCGAGAAGCCUCAGCCACAGUUUGGAGCCGCAGGCCCAUCUAAACCCAAAACCAGCAGCGAGGAGACCGACAUUCGCACACACUCGACGACCGUCGCCGCUUCCAACAUCACCAACAUCACAACCUCAUCCAAUGUCACCUAUGUUGUCAGUGCCUCUGGAGAGCGACUCGACACAACACAAUCCGGCCCCAACGAAAGCCGAAAGGUGCUUCGGAAAAACGACUCGGGGAGCACCGUGGCCGUCCCGUUUGCCUCAGAUCCGCCGCCUGGGAACCGAAACGCCGUGCCAGUCUCUGCCUUCCAGAGUCGGCCAGAGAGCAGCAACGAAAGCGUCAAUGCGCCAACGCCGAUGCUGAACGCCUUUUCGAACGAAGCCGCCAAUCCUGCGCAGGGAGAUUCGGACGGCCUGAGCUCACUGGCUGAUGGACUCUUGAGCUUUCUGGCGCUUGGCCGUAAACCACAGGCCCAGGUCAUUGUCAUGAAGCCUGUUGCUGCUCCCCUCGCCGACAAUAUCGGGCUGCUUGAGGACUUUGACGAAGACGACGAUGACGGCGACGACGGCAUCGAAGUCAUGCUUGAAGCCGGCCCGCUGGCACACAAGGGCCACCGGCGUGUGUUUGACAUGGGCGAUUCGGCCAGCCAGCUCACCGACACCUCCUCAACCGAUGCCAUCUUUGAGAGCUCGCUGGAAAAAAGGAAGCCCGACGAAAAGCCUGCCGCUGCACCGCGAUCCAAAAUCAAGCCCAUGCCGACCAAGCAUCCCUUUGCCUUUGACGACGAGGACUAGUCACGGAGGGCUUGCGUGUUUCUUGGAACUGCUCGAGGUCCAUUGUUUCUGAGUGUGGGGGGUUCUUGGACCCUUGUCGCUGUGCUGCGGGCACUGCCCUUUGGAAGGCUCGCCCCAAUUCUGCUUCUCGAUGCUCUUCUAUGACCCUGCUUCCAUACACAAUAGACAGCCGGGUUGGCUCGACCCGGUGCCUAUUUGCAGCCGAGCUUCCAAGCCAAGUCAAGC